UAUACACAUUCAGGCCUUUAUCGUCCGUUGGCAUUCAAGGACUAUCAGAAUAACCACCAUAUUGCCGGUCGCGUCUUAUAGUUCAUCAUAAACUAAUAUCUCUGGUUUUCGCAUCAACCCUGUUCGGGCUGCAUAUUCAUUUCUAAUGACCUCGUUCAAUGGCAUUUUGCAAUUGGAGAAAAGCCAGAAAGCUAGCAUGAAUCGUCUACCGUCUGUCUCCAGCCUCAUGUCCCCUCCAGAAGCAAAACCGUUUGAGACGUUCAGCCCCCCGUUUUCACACUUUGCAGUGUCACAGGAUCUGUCCUCAAACCACGAGAUCAAACUUCCUCCCAUCUCAGCUGAUCGGAAGCGGACACAGUCAGAAAUGGAUUUGCCAUCUCCACCAGUCACUCCCUACACUGGGAACAAAAAAAGGAAGUCGCAUGUUUCUGAGCAAAUCGACAGCGAUGUGAUCGGAUCUUCCACAGAUCCUGUGCUCUUUCCUCGCAAUGAUCCUGUUGCUGAUGUUGCCACUGAUGAGCCAUUGUUUGGACCAAUGCUUCCCCCAACAGCAGAAGCACUGAUCGAACAACAUAUCAAUACACAUAUGGCAAGAUUUGACAAUAAAUUGAACAAACCGACGCGUGAUGAGUAUCUCCUAGCUCUUUCAUGUGUACCGAUUGUUUCGACUCAGUAUAAUCGCAAUCCAGUAGCCUGGGCUAAAGAGGAACGUGAGACGUUAGAACGUCAGUUGGCCAUGAUGAAUCGCUGCCGUCCUGGAGCUCUGGAGGCGAAAUUAAAAAGGAUUGCCCCGGCACCCGCCAAAAAAGCAGUUACUUCUCAGCCGCGUGUGCAACGUACACCUCGGGUCAAACGUACACCGCGGUCCACCCCAAAGCAUAAGGCCCUUGACUCCUUCGUUUCAUCUGUACCGCAAAUUUCCAAGGCGCCUCGGGCCAUAGGAACAAAUCGCGAUGAUACAGAUUACAAUUCCCUCGAAGACUUGUCCCCACCCAUCUCAACUCUCGGUGGCAAUGCAAAAGCAUUAAAGGCGGACUGGAAGGGGCAAAUGUUAGAUUUGAGCAACGAUCCAGACCGGCACCUACUUAGUCCCGCCGAGCUCAAUCUUGCUGCUACUUUAAGGCUCUCAUGUGCAACGUAUCUAUGCAGCAAGCGCCGCAUUUUCGAGGCUCGUGUCAGGGCUCUGAACGUUGGGAAAGAAUUUCGCAAAACAGACGCGCAACAAGCUUGCAAAAUCGACGUCAAUAAGGCAAGCAAAUUAUGGACUGCAUAUGAGCGUGUCGGUUGGUUUGAUCCAGAGCUUUUCCAGCAACAUCGGAGGUGAGAGGACAGUAUACCCAAUUCAAUUUCGUGAUUCAGAACUUUCCCAUGUUAGCGUUAUCGUUUCCCCCCGAGUUUAUUCUGUCUUUCUUUCGAGACUUUUGUUCUCCAGCGAAAUUAAUUAUUCUAGUUGGUGCAUUUUUUAGCUCGACCGUUGGCGUUUGCUGGUAAUUGGGAGCCCUCUUUGUUUGUUCCAUAGUUUAUGUUGCUAUUGUUGUGUGCAUAGAUGAUUGCUUACCACAUGGUUAAGUGGGUUGCAUAGUGUAGCAAAUGAUCAUUUGGCUUCUGCAUAGAUAUUUAGAAUUGAAUAGGUGCCAACCUUCUUUUUUUCCUUUCUUUUUCUUUUUUUUUGGGGGG